CCCUUCCACUGCGAACGACAGCCAUCGUCUUACUCUAUUCGCACUCUCUCGGUAUCAUUCGUUCACACCACUAUUAUUGCCGCCAUUACCUUCGUUCGACGACAUCCAUCGAUCUCGAGUCUCUCGCCUUUUCCAUCUUCGUACGCAACUCGAAAUAAUAAGUCAAGAUGUGCGGUAUUUUCGGAUACGUGAACUACCUGGUGGAGAAGGACCGCAAAUUCAUCCUCGAUACUCUGAUUAAUGGUCUCUCACGCCUCGAAUACAGAGGAUACGACUCAGCCGGCCUAGCGAUAGAUGGUGACAAGAAAAAUGAGGUUCUUGCGUACAAGGAGGUCGGCAAGGUCGCCAAACUGAAGCAGCUCAUCGAGGAGGCCAAGCCCGACCUUACCUGCGUGUUCGACUCUCACGCCGGUAUUGCCCACACCCGCUGGGCUACUCACGGUCCUCCCUCGCGCGUCAACUGCCACCCUCACAGGUCUGACGUCAACUGGGAGUUCACCGUCGUCCACAAUGGCAUUAUCACAAACUACAAGGAGCUCAGGACGCUCCUCACAUCGAAGGGGUUCAGGUUCGAGACGGACACAGACACGGAGUGCAUUGCGAAGCUCACCAAGUAUAUCCACGAUCAGCAUCCUACCAUUGGCUUCACCGACCUGACCAAGGCGGUGAUUCAAGAGCUCGAGGGCGCCUACGGUUUGCUCAUCAAAUCCGUCCACUAUCCUCAUGAGGUCGUCGCCGCUCGUAAGGGUUCGCCCCUUGUCAUUGGCGUCAAAACUCAGCGUCGCAUGAAGGUCGACUUUGUCGACGUGGAAUACUCGGAUGAGAACGCCGCCCUUCCCGCCGAGGCUGCCUCCCAAAAUGUCGCCCUCAAGAAGCAGGACGGUCUGCUCAGCCCUAGCUCUCUCCUUGCCGCUCCCGACAAGUCCCUCCUCCACCGCUCUCAGUCCCGCGCUUUCAUGACCGAUGAUGGCAUGCCCAUGCCGACCGAGUUCUUCCUUUCGUCCGACCCUUCUGCUAUUGUCGAGCACACCAAGAAGGUCCUGUACCUCGAGGACGACGACAUUGCCCACAUCCACGAGGGUUCCCUCAACAUCCACCGCCUCAAGAAGGCGGACGGCAGCUCCAAUGUCCGCACCAUCCAGACUCUGGAGCUCGAGCUCCAGGAGAUCAUGAAGGGCAAGUUCGACCACUUCAUGCAGAAGGAGAUCUUCGAGCAGCCCGAGUCUGUCGUCAACACCAUGCGUGGUCGUCUCGACGUCGAAAACAAGGCCGUCACCCUCGGCGGUCUCCGCUCAUACAUCUCGACGAUCCGCAGAUGCCGACGGAUAAUCUUCAUCGCCUGUGGUACUAGUUAUCACUCGUGCAUGGCGGUGCGUGGCGUAUUCGAGGAGCUUGUUGAGAUCCCCAUCGCCGUUGAACUCGCUUCCGACUUCCUUGACCGUGAGGCUCCUGUUUUCCGUGAUGAUACCUGCGUCUUCGUCUCUCAGUCUGGCGAGACGGCCGACUCGCUCAUGGCCCUCAAGUACUGCCUGGAGCGCGGGGCGCUGACCGUUGGUAUUGUCAACGUCGUCGGCUCCUCCAUCUCCCUGCUCACCCACUGCGGUGUCCACAUCAACGCCGGCCCAGAGAUCGGCGUCGCCUCCACCAAGGCGUACACCUCCCAGUUCAUCGCCAUGGUCAUGUUUGCCCUGUCGCUCAGCGAAGACCGCGCAUCCAAGCAGAAGCGUAGGGAGGAGAUCAUCGAUGGCCUGUCUAGGAUCAGCGACCAAAUCCGUGACAUCCUCACCCAGGACCAGGCCAUCAAGGAGCUCUGCUCCAACACCUUCAAGAACCAGAAGUCUCUCCUGCUGCUCGGCCGUGGUAGCCAGUUCUCCACUGCCCUGGAGGGUGCGCUCAAGAUCAAGGAAAUCUCAUACCUCCACUGCGAGGCUGUCAUGUCGGGCGAGCUGAAGCACGGCGUGCUGGCUUUGGUCGAUGAGGACCUUCCCAUCAUCAUGAUCUUGACACGCGACAACAUCUUCAAGAAGUCUCUCAACGCUUAUCAGCAAGUCAUUGCCCGCGGCGGCAAGCCCAUUGUUAUCUGCAACCCCGACGACCCCGAAUUCGAGGCCAGCCAAGCCCAGAAGAUCGAGAUCCCCAAGACGGUCGACGUCCUUCAGGGUAUCCUCAACGUCAUUCCCCUGCAGCUCAUCGCCUACUGGCUCGCCGUCAUGGAAGGGCUCAACGUCGACUUCCCGCGCAACUUGGCCAAGUCGGUGACUGUCGAGUAAAUAUGGGAAAGAACUACUCCUAUCUGUAUUCCAUAAUAUUCGCACCAGGAGUCGAAACGAAGGGUGUUUUUAUAACGCCUCCCCUUGGCGGAUCAAACAAGGAGUUGGGAUGCCUUAUAUGGGACGAGGAACUAGGCAGGCCGGUCCUUGGGUUUUUGUUAAUUGUUUUGCUUUGGUCAGAUACCUCAUUAUGUGUUCUGCUUUUCAUCAUGGGAGAGAGAAAAAGACGGGGGAUCGGAUAUAUAGUGGGGGAUCGCUCAUGUCAUCAUGUAUUACUGGGAAGGAAGACGGUAACGGCUGGAUUCGUGGUGGGAG